AUGGGAAAAACUGAACGUGCCACUCAUCCAAGAUUAACUAAGUAUCUUGAUUUAUUAAAUACCUACAGGUUAAAUUGGAAAUACAUCAAAGGCACUGACAACCAUGCCGCAGAUUACCUCAGCAGGUAUGGAUUAGAUUCCCAACCUACAUUAAAUCUCGACGAAUGGGACAAAUUUUCAGUUGACAUUGAACUCAAUGCAACUACUCACUCGGAUCAACAUAGUGAAGAUUUUACAACCUUAACCCAACAGACUACUCCCGAACCUAUCCAAGAGGCUACUGAAGAAUCACACGAACAAGCUAAUUAUCUCAUUGACCAACAAACUCACGAAGACAUACCAAACAUUAUACAUGAUGUUCGCAACCUAUCUUGGUCCCAAAUAUUGGACAUCUAUCAGAACAUAAUACAUAUUUUCACAUGGGUCAAUAAUAAUUUCUACAUCAUCUACCUUGACCAGCUCCACCAUAUACUUACCGAUGUGGACUAUAUCGAAAGGGCCACUUCACUCCAUAAUGCUUUUCAUGCUAACCACCAAAUAUUGGAAAAAUAUGAUGAUCCAGGAGGAAUUCUGGAAUCCUCAACAUGUCAUACUACUUUUAGAUGUAAUCAGAAACUGCCAACAUUGUGA